CUCUGUUUCUCUUAUCCUCACUCUACGGAAGGAAAGAAAGUCGGGUCUAAAAACGUUAUUUAGUUUUGACACAAAUCUGAUUGGGCAAUGAGAGACAAAUUUCCGCCGUGCGUUGAGCUCAACUCUAUAUAAGGUCCUCACCAGGAAUUUUCAGUCUGAUAGCUUCUUUUUGUGUGAUGCUUCUGGCUGAAAGACUACAGAAACACAGAUUUCAAAACAUUUUCCUUCCACCCUCUUCUUCUGAUUUCUUGUGGAAAAAAAUGCAUGGGCUCUUCUUUGUCCUGGUGACGUGCACAGUAGGUGCCUCUGCUUUCAGACUCCAGCAAGUCAAAAACACAGAAAACUGCCCAGAUCACAUAGUGUUUUUCAAACACUACUAUGAACUGCAUGGAGAACCUGUGGUUCUGAAAUGCCCUUCUCCCAGAUACAAACAUUUGGAUUUCUCUGCCUUGACCCCUAAUAUCACAUGGUAUAAAAAUGGUUCAAACACCACGAUAUCAGGAAGAGAUGAAGAUUCAAGAAUCUGGGCAAAAGGAAAUGCACUCUGGUUUUUACCAGCGAUGCUAGAAGACUCAGGAGUAUAUAUCUGCACAAGAAGGAACGCCUCCUACUGCGCCGAGGUCUCCAUCCACCUCACAGUUGUGGAGAAAACAGCUGCUUGGGAGAUUGCCUAUCCCCAGAUCCUCUUCACUUUCACUGCUGGAAAGAUUGUUUGUCCUGACCUGUGGGAUUUUACACCAAACAGGACAAGCCUGGACCUCAAGUGGUACAAGGAUGCUCAGCCUUUGGAAGAGGACAAUGAAAGAUUCAUCAUUCUGAAUGGUUCAGCAUCUCUGAUCAUGACAUCUGUGCUACCAACAGAUGCAGGGUAUUACACCUGCAAGAUGUCAUUUCCAUUUGAAGGUGUGGAGUAUGAAAUCACCAGGACAAUUCAACUGGAGACUGUUGAACAAGAGAAGAGAAUUACUCCAAUAAUUGUGUAUCCAGCCCAAAAGACAACAUCAGCUGCUCUUGGCUCCAAGAUGACUCUCCCGUGCAAAGUGUUUGUUGGGCUGAGCAGCCAUUUCCAAACUGAUGUGGAAUGGCUGGCAAAUGACACCAGUGUUGACCUGGUUUAUAAACAAAGCAGAGUUACAGAGGGGGAACGACAAGAAAUUGUAGAAAAUGGUGAAAACUUCAUUGAAGUACCACUUAUUUUUGAUUCUGUUGAAGAAGUGGACUUUUACACAGACUUUACCUGUCUGGCCCAGAACAGAUAUGGAUACCAAGAACUGCCAACAAGGGUCACGCAGGAAGCUGUUGGUCUGUCCUGGUACAUUGCAAUGAUUCCUGUUGCUCUGGCCUGUUUGAUCGUGGGAGGGAUAUGCAUGCACAAGUGCUGGAAGAGUAGAGCUGAUAAAGGAUAUACAAUACCAAAGGUUUAAAAUCUGCUUGGGUUCUCCAACUACAGAACAAAAAAUCAUCCUGGCUAUCUUUCACAUCAGACACAGCGAGCGUUUCAGACCUGAUAUACUGCAUUCCCAACAGACCAAUAAUAACAGCUCUUUCCCACUUUUCCCAGUCUUCUAUGAUCUGAUGAAGUUAAGAAUAUAAGUUUGCAUUUUUAUGCUGCUUAGAUGCAGGAAAUCUGGUUCUAUUAUUUUGUAACUAGGGUGCAAUCUGUAGAAUUUUGGAACACAAAAUCAUGCUCUGUAUAUGGGAAGGGUGGGGAAAGGGAGGUGCUGUCACACUUCGUAAUUCCAACAGGUGUACUGUUUUUUUUUUUAAAAAAAGGAAAAGAAACUCCUAAAGUCUUAAAAGGGAAGCUAAGGAAGCUUGCUACAGAAGGACUGUUUGACACUAGAGGGAAAAAGCAAUUUUUCUAUGCAACCAGACUAAAUUUGUUUCACUUGAGUCUAAAAAGAGCCAUUUGUUUUCCCUUUUCAGAGCCAAAUGCAGUUGUCAUGGCAACUGUAUAUCUAUGAACUUCUCCACAGAAAAACUAAAUUUGUUCACCAUUUGGAUUACACAUUGCUUAAAUAGACUGUCUCAGAAUAUCCCUCCCCCAGAGAUAACUCCAUCUGUAUAAAAGAUAACUGUACACAGAAGAAUUCAGUUCUGUUUUAUCUACCAAUAUGUUGUAGCUAGAGAUUCAUAAGCAGCUGUAAAACAUUGUCAUCUUUGCCAAGGAAGGAAUUGGAGGGAUGUUUAAGUGUUUUGAGAGUGAUUUGGCUAAUAAAAAGUUUUAUUCCUGGAA